CUCCUUCACCGUCUCUAAUACUGUUUUAAUGAUUAGUCAGGAGUAGCAAUUGAGCUCACUGUCUUGUCAAAGCGACACGCCAGCCACUGCUUGGUUCAAACCGCACAAUAGUUCUCACAGCAGUUGCAAUCAGCCAAAUGUCACGGCACCCGAAGCUCUGCCCUAAGUCGCACAUACCGGGCUAUCCAAACGCGUUCUGUGAUCUCGCAGCGUUGGCGUCAUUAUCGCAGCCGGAUCCUCGGUCUGGGUCAGGCGAAGAGAAGUCGGAACAGCGACUCUUUCGAGUCAAGCGAAAGCAUGUCCUGAAAGCUUGCGAUCGUUGCAGGGUCAAGAAAACCAAGUGUGAUGGAAAGCAGCCAUGCAACCGUUGCUCAGCGCAUAACCACCCCUGCCUCUUCCGAGAGAGGAAGGCCACACAGACGAAAGUCUACUCCCGAGGAUUCGUUGAAAUGCUCGAAUCGCAUCACUCACUGGUCGUCAAGGCGUUGCAGAAACUCUACAAACUCUCCUUGAACAAGGAGGGAUUCCCUGGAGAGCCUCUUCCCGAAGCUUCUGAUGGAUACCCCCUGACGCACGCUAUCUUGGAUCGUUUGGGACUGAUCAAGCAGGCUGAGGAGAACCCUGAAGACAGCAACGAAGACUCGGAAGAUCUACAGUAUUUGCGCUUGUUGUCCACUUCGGCUGAAUGCAGCGCAACGACAGACGCCUCUCCAGAACCAGCUACUCCGCCUGAGCCAUCGUCCAGCAACUGCAGUCCCGUCGACCUCUCCCCUGUGGGGACUGGAUGGAAGUGGAACUUCCCUUCAAUUCAGACAGUCCGUUCAGAGCAUUAUCAUAGCUUUUCGAACCAGGAUUUUGCUGGGCUGCCGCUGUCUCGGACCAACAACCUCGCUGGUGAUACUGCAUGUCUGGGCACAGCAGCAACUGUGCUCGGCCAUAACCAUUCGUACCUUUACUAUCUAGAUACUUGUAACGCGGAUGCCAAAGAGUCGCUUGGCUCUUGCGUGACUGCCGGGCCUGGUUUUCAACAACCUGCGUCUGCUACCGAGAUGCCUGUUAAUAUGCUUGGGGGCUUCGAUGUCCACCUGCAAGAGCAGCAGCCUAUUCAUCCGCCUAUUCAUCCCCCUCUUGUUCCAGGCUGGUCGUACUCACGCGAUUAGCACGUCCGUUCGGGGUCAUCGGAGCCAAGAAUUCCUCCUCCCCUUCCGAUCCUCUUCUGUCUGAUCUAUACGGCCUUGUUCUCCCUCCACCUUCUCUAGAUGACCUUGACGUCCAUAGCCUAUCCUCUCAUACUUUUCCUCUUGCCCUCAUGCCCCGUCUCUCGGUGCUCAUUAUUGUGCAUGGCCUAUGCCGUCGUUAUCGCUUAGUUUUAAGGCCCUGAGAUACCAUCAUCAGAUAUCCAAAUGCAGUUCGUUUUUGUCUAAGUGAGCAGGGAAUAUUCCAGGCUGACGACCUGCCUGUUGAGUAUCAUAUCACCGCUUCUGCUCUGAGAUAUG